AUGCGCCGCGGCUACGCCGCGACGCCCCCAGGACGCUGGUCGCUGGUCGCAGCUCUACCGCGUUUAGAUAGAGCCUGGCUCCAAUGUGGCGAGCGGAACGUGUGGGAACGUUCUGUCUUUACACCUGGAGGCACGCAAAUUCUUCCCUUGGCAUAUGCUCUGAUGGAGUCACGUACUGAAAUGGCUUACCGUGAUCUUUUCACUUUUGUGAGGCGUGUCGUUCCAGAGCUUGACCCUGACUACUUCAUGACCGACUUUGAGGUGGCCCAGCAGAAUGCCAUUUCUGAAGUAUUCCCUCGGGUCCGCCUAAGUGGUUGCCUGUGGCAUUUCUCACGUGCAAUAUGCCGCAACGUUAGAGCUCUUGGGUUGCACGAUUUAGUUAGAGAUAGUGAUAAUGCUAGGAGGGUUGUUCGACUUUGUCUCGCUAUACCACUGGCCCCACCAGGUCAGCUCUACGAUGCACUGAAUACAGUGGUGAUAGAAGCCCGAAGACUGAACCUGCAUGACCGUUUCGUGGACCUGUUCAACUACCUACGUGCUACUUGGCUCGAAGGCAUAGGACAGAGAAUCCUGUGUGUCUUCGGAGUUAGACACCGCACCAACAACGUUGCAGAGGCGCACCACCUCAACCUAAACUCGAGGAUCGUCCGAAGACCUAAUGUGUGGCGGUUCAUUGAAAUGCUUCGUGAGAUGGAGGACAUUGCCUGGAGGAACCUGGGGGCGUCUGGAGACUGGCCUGGCACCAAGUCGUGCUAG